AUGCUCGCAUUCGUGACGGUAGGUUCAACUAGAUUCGAUGCUCUUGUAGAGGCCGUUAUAUCAGAAUCUGUCCUCAGCACACUUCGCGACUCGGGUUACGACCGCCUCAUUCUUCAGCGCGGUAAUUCUGUCAUUGACUCAUCGGAAGAGCUCAUCGGUGAGAGUUGCACUAUACAACGGCACGGUGUGGAUGUAGAGAUAUGGAGGUUCAAGCCUUCCAUUCAGGUUCAGUGCGAGCAAGCCGACCUUGUCAUCAGUCAUGCUGGAUCGGGAACGAUUCUGGAUGUCCUGAGGUUAGGAAAACCUCUUAUUGUCGUACCCAAUCCAACCUUGAUGGACAAUCACCAAGAGGAGUUAGCGUCUGCCCUUCAGAUAUUGGGUCACCUAAAGGCGACAUCCAUUCAGGAUCUCGCAUCGACAAUUGCAUCAUUUGAACCUCGAAACCUAGUCCCGUUUCCUCCCUUCGACGGGACUAAAUUCUCUAAGCUGGUGGAUGAGGAAAUGGGUUUCAUCUAA